UGGCGUACAAGAUGUCUAGGAUGGCCGGUUCUGGAAAGCCGGGCUCUUCUGUCCCUUUAUCCCAAUUGUACUUCGUCUUUCACCGCCUCAGAGUUUAAAUUUGUCAUUCCCCCAUGAACUGCUUGACUCCGUGUGAGCAGCACAUCACCAAGUGAAGAAGCUGGCACAAUGCACGCUUUCAUCCUCGGCGCAGUGGCGGCGCUGAUUCUGCCCUCGGGCACAGCUGCCCAGUCGAAUUCUGGCGGCAGUACUGAGAAAGUCUUGUCUUCAUUUGUGUAUGCAUUGCACGGCGAGCGCACGCCACCAGGGCCCGACUCGCAGCCCAGCCUGACCUCCCUCGGGGCGCAACAGCUCUACUCUCAGGGCAGCUUUUUGAAAUCGCGCUAUCUCUCCGGAUCGUCAGGCAACGGCACCGAUGGCUCGGCCAGCCAUCCUAUUUCCAACAUUGACGACAAGGCACUCUUCACCAGCCAGCUAUCAGUCUCUACCAGCACGGAUGACUGGGUCUUUGGCAGUGCUCUCGCAUUCACGCAAGGCUUGUACCCUCCGGUCACGCAGGUCUUUGCGCAGGGCAAUGGUGUCGCCAAUUCGAGCUACUUGGCCAAUGGCACAUUGGUCGUCUUCCCGCUCGACGGGUAUCAGUACCCCAACAUCCGCACCCUGUCGAUUCUCGAUCCGAGCUCAAUCUGGCUCCAGGGAGAAGUUGCGUGUUCGAACUACGUGACAGCAGAAAGCGAGACGAAUGAUGACUUUAUCUACAAUCAAACACAGGCGAUGUACCAAUCCAUUUUUGACGAGGUCUUCCCGGGUGCUUUCCCAGAAUCAAUGAUCAACUCCAACUACGCUUUUAACCUCUGGGAAUAUGCUGCGUAUCAGUACAACCACAAUGAGACGGUUCGCUCAAUGCUCUCCGGAGCGAAGCUCGCAUUGCUUCGGCAGCUCGCAGACGUGCAGCAGUUCGACAUCAACGCCAACCUGACGGCAUCGCCGUCUCAGCCAGACGGCAACAUCAGCCCCAUUGCGGGCCGCACUCUUGCUGCGCAGAUCGUGUCGCGGUUCUCUUCCUUUAUCCAGUCGGGAGGCUACAGCGACAAGCUGACGCUGACGUUUGGCUCGUUUGAGCCAUUCUUGGCGCUCUUCGCACUCCUGGAACUGGCUGGGUCGCAGCCCGACCGUUUGUUCACAAGAAUCCCCGAUCCAGGUGCAAUCAUGGUUUUCGAGCUUUACUCGGUCAGCCAAGUCAACAACACUCAGGUUUCGAGCGAGGACGAUCUUCGCGUUCGCUUCCUGUACCGCAACGGCACGAGCGAUGGCGCUGCCCUGCUCGAGUAUCCCCUAUUCGGCAUGACAGGAUAUGGUCCAGACUUGUCCUUCGCGGACUUCUCGGCUGCCGUGUCGCAAUUUGCCGUCAAGGAUUUGAGCCAAUGGUGCAGCAUGUGUUCGGCCAUUACCCUGUUCUGCACAGGCAUCAAUGCCAUAGGUGGCGGUGCAGGUGCAGGUGCAAGUAACCUGCCCAGCUUGGAAACUGGAGGCAACAGAGGAGGACCGCUUUCGCCGACCGCAGCUGGCCUUGUUGGUGCGGCCUGCAGCAUCGGCGUCCUCCUACUGGCAGGGGCUGCUGCCGCCAUAUUUGGAGGGUUUCGUGUCCGGCGGAACACUGAUUCGAUUGUGGGAGGCAAGGCAUCAGGAGGAUACAAAGGAAAUGCCAGGCUCGAAGACGACCAGGACGUCUCGCUGGCCAAGAACGGGACGGCCCAUGCUCGGACGGGUAGCUGGGAGCUGGGUAAGGGAGGCGCCGCCAGGGCUGCGACGACGCGCCUCGAUGAGGCUGUAUCACCAGUGACGCCAGUGGAUCGAGCUGGCCAAGACGUGUUCGGCGCUUCGUUUGUGCGGCGCAGGGACGGCGAUGCGGACAGUGUGCUAGGUGUGUCGCCGGUGCGGCCAGCCGAGGGUGUUUGAAGUUCCUGCGGAAGAAGAGGGUUAGACAGAAUUCGAGAGACGAUUCGGUCCUGCCAGGCCACGAUAGAGGCAAG